AUGACUUCGAUCAAGUCUGAACCUCACAGUGAUACUCCCUUGACGUUUUCCAAUGUUCAAAAUGACCUUGGUGUCCAGUCAAGAGAUUUAGAUGGGAAGGCGGCAAACGCCACGUCAGAUAGCCGCCCAGCUCUGGGUUCCAAGAAAGUGAACGUUGCAAUCGGUAAAAAAGAGCCCAGUAAAGAGCUGAAGAAGCAUAUCUUUGAAGAGUUUCUGCUGAGUCCAGGACGGGUGGGAACUGCGACUGCAAGUUCUUACUCAUCAAAGGAUAAACCAUUGGUUAAGCAAGAACCAGAGUACUCGAAAGGGUUGAUCCACGAAGGUACAGAGACACCUAUCAAAAGGCAAACCAAUGUUGUUGAAGCUGCAAAUAGCAGUAAGAAGAAGAAACUGAAUACAGCAGAGAAAUUCAAGAAAGUGAUCCCGGCUAAUGAUAUCAUGGACACAACCAGGCAACAGUUCGAGAACCCCGGAUUAUACUCUCCGAUCAGGAAACUGUUAUAUGAAUCAAAUAAAGACUAUGGGAAAACAUCUGACCAGCAUCUCUUUCGAGACCUGGAGCAUGAAUCAGAAAGGAAUUUUUGCCAAGAAGCAUCCAGGUGGCCCAUGGUCGAGUGGAUUGAACACGGGCAGGUGUUGCUAAAAGAACAUACAAAUUUGAUCGGACAACUGGUACAACAAAGAAUCGAAUUAAGUCAUAAGUUCCAGGCCAUCACUACAAUCAUCAAUGAACGUGCGGAAGCUCUCAAUAAUCAAGGUGAAAUUCUUGAUGAAAAGAUGAUUAAGAUUGAAAACCUCGGAAAAGAGAUCCUAGAUAUAAUUUAG